AUGUUUGAUCAAAAAGAUUCUCCAAACCGAUUAGUUUGUGAUGAUAUUCCUGCAGAUAAAGUUGGAGAUAGUAUUUGUACAGUUUAUAUUUCCGUCAACAAAUCUACUGAACUCGAGUUAUUCAGAGGAGAAACAAUUCUUCUUAAAGGAAAAAGAAGAAAAGAAACUGUUUGUUUAGUUGAAGUGUUAGAAGAUUAUCCUGAUAAUCAUAUUCAAACGUCUCGUGUUACUCGUAAUAAUUUGCACGUUAAAUUAGGGGAUGUUAUAACGAUUCAUAAACUUGAAGACGUUCCAAAUGCACAAGCCAUUCAUGUACUUCCUUAUAUUGAUACUAUUGAAGGACUAACAGGAGAUUUAUUUGAUCCAUUCCUUAGACCUUAUUUUGCUAAUGGAUAUAUCCCAGUUACUCAAGGUGAUGUUAUUCAAUGUCAUGGAGGAAUGAGAACUGUUGAAUUUAAAGUUGUAGAAUUAACUCCAGGUCCAUAUUACAACAAUUAA